UCUACCACAACAGCUACAACUACAACACGAUGUCAGGCAAAGGAGGAAAAUCGAAGAGCGGCAAAGUUGGAGCCAAGGCCAAGACCCGAUCAAGCCGAGCUGGACUGCAGUUCCCUGUUGGAAGAAUCCACCGAUUCAUCCGCAAGGGCAACUACGCUGAGCGAGUUGGUGCUGGAGCCCCAGUCUACCUUGCUGCUGUGCUCGAGUACUUGACUGCUGAGAUCCUUGAGCUGGCUGGCAACGCUGCUAAAGACAACAAGAAGUCCAGGAUCAUCCCCAGACACUUGCAGUUGGCCAUCAGGAACGACGAAGAGUUGAACAAGCUGCUCCACGGAGUGACCAUUGCUCAGGGCGGUGUGCUGCCAAACAUCCAGGCUGUGCUCCUACCCAAGAAGCAGUCUUCGUCUCAGCCCAAGUCUGACAAGAAGUAAAGAGCUUCUACCUCAACCAGUUGCUAGCUUUCAAGCUUC